GCCUGGGGCUGAGCCGCCUCCUCCCGGAGGAGGCCCCGUGAGCGCCCCUUCUUCGUUUCUAGCAGCUUCUUAGGUCCAGUUCCAUCCGAGUUUUGCAAGUUCUGGGACCCUGGACCCUCCAGCGACCUCUCCGGGAUCUCGAGUGGACUUCUGUAAGGGGAUGCCAGAAGGUCCAUCUCUGAGGAAGUUCCACCAGCUGGUGGCUCCAUUUGUGGGGCAGUUGGUGGUCACCGUAGGGGGUAAUAGUAAGAAGAUAAACCCAAACAUGCUAGAGAUGCUGCGGCUCCAGGACUCACAGGUCCAUGGAAAGAAUUUAUAUCUUAACUUUGGCCUAGCUGAAAACCUGGGACUUCCUGACAGUUUCCUAUUGCCAAAGCAUCUCCAGAAGGAAGUGAACCUUCCAGAAGAGACUAGUGAUCAUAAACUUGAAUCUACCUCAGGGCUAGAUGGACAAGAAGUUCCUGGCUCAUCUUCAUCCAUUAAAGCACUUGAGCUUGGGGAAGAAGAGAAGGACCCUAUUAAUAAUACGCCUUGGUGGCUAAAUACUUCUCAAAAUUCUGGGCCUUGGCUUUGCUUCCAUUUUGGUAUGUUUGGUAGUGUUCGGGCAAGUGAAUUCUCCAGAGCCACAAAAGCCAACAAGAGGGGAGACUGGAAAGACCCCUUACCCAGGUUGGUUCUGCACUUUGCAAAGGGCUUCCUGGCAUUUUAUAAUUGUCGGAUUUACUGGUGUUUGGGACCCAUGGUCAAACCAACUUCAGAUAUCCUCUCUGAGGAGUUUGAUCGAAGGCAAGCCUUGGAAGCUUUGAAGCAGGCUAACCCUGUCUGCUAUACUCUUCUGGACCAAAGAUACUUUGCAGGCCUGGGAAAUAUCAUAAAGAAUGAAGUUUUGUACUUGGCCAGAAUCCAUCCUCUCUCUUUAGGUUCUUGCUUAACUGCUUUGAACCUUGAGUCCUUGCUGGAUCAUGUUGUGAGUUUCAGUGCUGGUUGGCUUCAGAAAAAGUUGGAGGGGAAACCACAACACCAUCUAAUCUACCAGAAAGAGCAUUGCCCUGCUGGACACCAGGUCAUGAAGGAUAGCUUUGAAUCUCCAAAUGGUUUUCAGAGACUCACCUGGUGGUGCCCCCAUUGCCAACCCAAGGUGACACCGGAAGAGCCUAAUGAAGUUCAGGUCACUCAGGAAUAGCUUCUCUAAUGUACUUUCUAUACCUUUAAAGACAUUCCCUUUUCCCCUUUUCUUUGGUGCUGUUUGAUCUAUAUGUUAAAUUGGGUGGGGCUUGCACAAAAGGGAACGGAAGAAAGUUCAGAAGGAAGUAUAGACAACAAGAAGACAAGGUAAAAUGUGGAAUUACAUAACUUUUUUUUUAAAGCAAAUGGUAUGAAAUGUAGAUUUACAUUUUCAUACAGUUCUCUUUUUGUGUCCUUUCUACAUGGAAAUACUUUUUUGGAAUUUAAGUUCAGGAUAAAAAGAUAAUGGGGUGGGGCUUAUUCAAGAAGUUUCUAAGGUGUUUGGGUCUCAAGAGGCUUUUCUUAAGAGGCUCCCCUUUUUGAAAUGUCAGUGAUUAAUAAAGAGUGUAGGCAGCUGGCUCCCAAAAAGCAAUGCCUUUUGCCUAUAGAAGUUUUGUUAAGAAAGAGAUACCUAGCUAAUUUUUCGUCUUUCAUUUUCAUCCUUAAAAGAGGAAAGGGGUAUAUUUUGGCCAUAGUUAAAAGAAAAAAUCUAUGGUCAAAACUCUGCAAUUAAAAUACAGGCAUUUGCAAAAAUCAUCUAUGAAUCUAAGGGAUGCAAUUGUGAGAGGUAUUUUCUUUUUAAGCAUUCUAGGUAUAACUGAGAGGUAACGACGUGAAGCUGUUGGUUAGAGGAGCUCUGGAGUAGAAGAUGGGGGUAACACCAUAGGUAGAGAGAUCUCAUUCCUUUGUGGUUUUUUCCCCCUAGUUCAUGUUAUUUAAAAAUUGAAACUUUAAUAUUUACAAAGCCCCUCGUCAAGAUCUAGUGCCUAUCUGAUAUUGAUGCUGAAGCACAAAAAUAAAACU